CGUCCAGGCCUGGGCGGGAACGGUCGGCCUGACGGGGCUGAUCCGGCCGUGGUUCUGCGUUGGGAGGUCCGGGGCUGGGAGAGCGCGUCACGCGACUGGGGGCGGGAGCAAGAGCCACCGGGCCGGCGCCCGCGGAGGGCAGUCCCAGGAUGCCCCGCGCCGCGCCCGGCCCGGACUCCACUUCCCAGCAGCCCCCGCGGCCGGCUCCGCUGCCCGCCCGAGCGCCGCGGCCCCUUUGUGAGCCCGCCGGUGCGGCCGAGAGCGAGGCCCCGCCCCGGCCCGCGGGGCGCUCGGCUCCCGGCGGCCGACGGCGCGCAGCGAGGUGCCGACCCGCGGGGAGGAGGCGGUGAGGACGCCGGGGGCGGGCGCGCGCCUCGGCAGGCUUGCGGGGCUGGAGCGGGCGCGCGAGGGGGCCUGUGACAGGGGGAGACCGUGUCACCGUGUGACACCGUGUCGCCGCGUGCGUGCCCGUGUGUGUGACUGUGCGAACGUCUGUGACCAUGACAGCGACGCUCUAUUAUUCCAGACACUGCCCUUCCAGUGAGGAGCGUGAAGUAGGAGGACAGAGGAGCUGCCAUAAAUUCUUAAAUUCUUAAAGCCAUGUCCAAGGAUUUGGUGACAUUUGGGGAUGUGGCUGUAGAUUUCUCUCAAGAGGAGUGGGAAUGGCUGAACCCUGCUCAGAGGAAUUUGUACAGAAAGGUGAUGUUGGAGAACUAUAGGAGCCUGGUAUCACUAGCAGGAGUUUCAGUUUCUAAGCCAGAUGUGAUCUCAUUACUGGAACAAGGAAAAGAACCCUGGAUGGUGAAAAAGGAGGGGACAAGAGGCACGUGCCCUGAUUGGGAGUAUACAUUUAAAAACAAUGGAUUUUCAUCAAAGCAAGUUAUUUAUGAAGAAACAUCCGAACUAGUGAAAAUGGGAAGAAGCCAUCUUAGUUAUAGCCUCGACUGCCCCAGCUUGAGAGAAGACUAUAAAAGUGAGGACUGGCUCAAGAACCAGUUAGGAAGUCAGGAGGUACAUUCCAGACAACUGAUCAUCACUCAUAAAGAAAUGCUCACUGAGGAUCAAAGUAAUGAAUAUACUAAAUCUUGGCAAACUUUCCAUCAGGAUGCAAUAUUUGAUAUAAAAAAGACUUUUCCCACCAAAGAAAGAGUACAUAAGCAUGAGCCACAAAAGAGAAGUUACCGAAAAAAGUCUGUCGAAAUGAAACAUAAGAAAGUCUAUAUACAAAAGAAACUCUUGAAAUGUAAUGAAUGUGAGAAAGUUUUCAACCAGAGCUCAUCCCUUACUCUUCAUCAGAGAAUUCAUACUGGAGAGAAACCCUAUGCAUGUGUUGAAUGUGGGAAAACCUUCAGCCAGAGUGCAAACCUAGCUCAACAUAAGAGAAUACAUACUGGAGAGAAACCCUAUGAAUGUAAAGAAUGUAGGAAAGCCUUCAGCCAGAAUGCACACCUUGCUCAACAUCAGAGAGUUCAUACUGGAGAGAGACCUUAUCAAUGUAAAGAAUGUAAAAAAGCCUUCAGCCAGAUUGCACACCUGGCUCAACAUCAGAGAGUUCAUACUGGAGAGAGACCUUUUGAAUGUAUUGAAUGUGGAAAAGCCUUCAGUAAUGGUUCAUUUCUCGCUCAGCAUCAGAGAAUUCAUACAGGAGAAAAACCUUAUGUAUGUAAUGUGUGUGGGAAAGCCUUUAGCCAUCGUGGAUACCUAAUUGUACAUCAGAGAAUUCAUACUGGAGAGAGACCGUAUGAAUGUAAGGAAUGUAGGAAAGCUUUCAGCCAAUAUGCACACCUUUCUCAACAUCAGAGAGUUCAUACUGGAGAAAAACCUUAUGAAUGUAAAGUAUGCAGGAAAGCCUUCAGCCAGAUUGCAUACCUUGAUCAACAUCAGAGGGUUCAUACUGGAGAAAAACCCUAUGAGUGUAUUGAAUGUGGGAAGGCCUUUAGCAAUAGUUCAUCACUUGCACAACAUCAGAGAAGUCAUACUGGAGAAAAACCUUAUAUGUGCAAGGAAUGUAGGAAAACAUUUAGCCAGAAUGCAGGCCUUGCUCAACAUAAGCGAAUUCAUACUGGAGAGAAACCUUAUGAAUGUAAUAUUUGUGGGAAGGCCUUUAGCUAUAGUGGAUCUCUUACUCUACAUCAAAGAAUUCAUACAGGAGAGAGACCCUAUGAAUGUAAGGAUUGCAGGAAAUCUUUCAGGCAGCGUGCCCAUCUUGCCCAGCAUGAGAGAAUUCAUACUAUGGAGUCAUUCUUGACUCCUUCCUCUCGCUCAUCCCCCAUGUCCAGUCAGUUGCCAAGACCUGUUGGUUUUAUCUCCUAAAUAUGCCUUGAAUCUGACUCCUUUAAUCCAUUUCCGUUCCAUCAUCUUUGUGCAGUACACAGUAAUCUAUUUCAUAUGGACUAUGGAAAUAGCUUUCUGAUUGGUCUCCCUGUAUUUACCAUUUCCUUUGUCAGUUGCCUACACUGCAGUCAAACUUGUAUUGUAGAAGUUUGAUCAUAUCCCUUCCUCAUUGAUACCCUUCACUGGUACCCCACAUAGUUCUUAGGUUAAAGCACACAUUCCUCAGAAUAACCUAAAAGACCCUCCUGCCCCAAAUACCUUGUUCCAGUAUACCUUCCAAAGUACUAUUUCAUGUCAAAAUCCAUCUCAUUCUUUGGCUAUUUAUCCAGAAUUAAGAACUCAUAUUCCAGCAUCAAACAGAUCUGGGUUUCUAAUCCUUGCACUUCCAUUUUCUAGCCCUCUAGUUUGAGAGAAACAUUUUGUUCUUUGUAAGGUUCAGUCUUCUUAUUUAUAUUAUGGAAAUAAUAAUAGUACUACCUCAAAAGUUGAUGGGAGGAUUAAAUGAGAGAAUGCAUGUAAAUUGCUCAGAGUGCCUAGCAUAAUCACUUAAUAAAUGUUACCAUAAAAUGAAAAGUUACUGUGGCAUACAAAGAGGACCUGAUCAUCUUAGCAAGGAUCAUCUGAGAAAUAACAAAAGAAGCAGCAGUUUAAGACUUAAGAGAUAAUAAAGAUUUUUGAUUAGGAACAGCAGUCAUUGUUCUAAAGGUGGGUGAUAAGGGUAUCUAAAAACAGUAGCAUUGAUAUUAAAGUCCAUAAUGAUAUAGAGUAAGAUAUGACUUUGUUGGUAAGAAAAACUAACUUCAUUAAAUAUUCAAGUUCUAAGAAGCCAGAUUUUAAAAAUCACUAAUAAUAAGUAGGAUUUACUGAGAUGUAGUCAUCAUUUACAUUAAGACAAAGGCAAAAUAGAUAUUUUUAAAAAGACAACUUAAAAAAAUCAAUAACCAAAGAAUAGAAAAUAAAAGUUUGAUGCCCUCUCCUAAUUCCAGGUGGUUGAACUGUAUUAAAUCUAUGUUGUUUAAAACCAAAAAGGUCAAGCUAGUUCUAAGGUGUAAUUCCAAAACUAGAGGGAAAGAGAAAACCAUAGAUCAAUACUCCUGAACUGGUGGCCCACAACCGUGUUUGAUUUGUACUCAUCAAGUUUAAAAUGAAUACAAAAAAAAAAAAAAAAAAAAACAAAUACUUUUAUUUGGGCAUGUGUUUUCCAGUUCUCCACAGUUCAAACCAUUCCUCCUUCCCUUACAUCUGACUUAUUUUACACUUUAUAUUACUUCCUAACUCUUGGAGGCUUUGAAUAUGCAAUCACUUCAGUAACCAAUUCACAUAUGAAUAUAGGUACAAAGAAAAUGAUGAAAUGGAGGGCGAAAAGGAAGAUUUGAAUAGACAUUUUAUCCUGCAGGGGAAGACUAUUCUCAAGAUGUUAGGAGGCCCAAAAUUAAUCUACAGAUUCUUCGUACCUAACAAAAUCCUAAGAAUUUUUUAAGGCUUGAAACACUGUGUGCAUGUGAACAGACACAUGUACAUUCAUACAGAUAAACACAUAAAAUAUAUAAAGGAAUUUGUCAGUGGCUUAACAGUAUUGGUAAAAUUGAUUCUGCUCUGUACAAAACCAAUUCCUUCAUUCUUUUAUCCAAAUGUGAAAGAGUUAUUAGAGGACAUAGUAACAAUUUAUAAUCAAAGAGUGAAAACAAUCUUCCUAAACAGGGCAUGAGAUCCAGAAGCCACAAUUACACAGAUUCUAGGUUUGACGGCAUAAGAACUUUAUUAAGCUUUUUAUAUAGUCAAAGAUAGUAUAAACACAAAGUUUUUAAAUAUCACAAUUAGAGAGAAUUAUUACAACAUACAUGAAAUCCAUAUCCUUAAUAUAAAAGUGGUCCUACAGAUCACUUAGAAAAUGACACUACUAUUCCCAAAGGCAAAGGAUAUAAAGAGGCAACAGGUGACUGAUGAAUGUAUGAUAAAUACUGAAUCUCACUAGAAUCAAGAAAUACAAGUUAAGCCAAUGAACUAUCCAUCCUUCAAUAUCAGAUUUAUAAAAAAUAUGCAUUGCAAAGGCAGGAAAGGAGUAUGUGUGAGAGUAUGAAUUUGUACAAAUUUUUGGAAAGGCAACUUAUCAAUAUCAGAAUUUUCAUUGGAAAAACCAAGAUUUUCUUUCACAGUUAA